UUAAGUGAAGAAGACAAAAUGCGUUUCCUAGUUGUUUGGUUGACAGUCAUCGCUGCCGUCGCAGCUGUACCCAGGAGCCCACAGCGUAUCGUUGGUGGCUCAGUUACCAACAUCAACAGCUACCCCGAGAUCGCCUCACUGCUGUACUCAUGGAACGGAUCAACAUUCAGCCAAUCCUGCGGAGGAUCCAUCAUUAACAACAGAUCCGUCUUGUCUGCUGCCCACUGCUUUGUUGGUGACCCAGCCAACAGAUGGCGUGUUCGCGUUGGUUCUACCAAUGCUAACAGCGGUGGUGUUGUCUAUAAUGUUGCCUCCAUCAUCAAUCACGGCAGUUACAACAGUGGAACCCAAGACAAUGAUGUUUCUAUCUUGCGUCUUGCUUCAAACAUUGGAUACACCAACGUUAUUCAGCCCGCUACCAUAGCUGGUUCCAAUUACAAUCUUGCUGACAAUCAAGUCGUAUGGGCUGCUGGAUGGGGUGCCACAUCUUUCGGUGGACCUGGUUCUGAACAGCUUCGCCACGUACAAAUCUGGACUAUCAACCAAGCUACCUGCAGAAGCCGCUACGCCGAGCUUGGACUUGGUAUCACCGACAACAUGUUGUGCUCCGGCUGGUUGGAUGUCGGCGGUCGCGACCAGUGCCAGGGUGAUUCUGGCGGUCCUCUCUACCACAACAGAGUCGUCGUCGGUGUUUGUUCUUGGGGUGUACAGUGCGCUCUUGCUCGCUACCCUGGCGUCAACGCUCGUGUCUCCCGCUACACUACCUGGAUCCAGAACAACGCUUAAAUCAUACAAUUGAAAUAUUCGCAUAUUCUACACUUAUUGCAUUAACAAUAAAUAUAGACUAUGCGGAUUAUAACUAAUUUAUCCAUAUUGUAAUCAUUAAA